AUGGCUUCCUCAGAUAUCUCUGUUGAUAUUCGUCCUGACAUAAACUCAUUUGAUCAUUUCCUAAGCAUGCGAUACAUUGCAACAGAUAGACCCUGGCUGAAAUUAUAUGGAAUAAGAGUUCAGCCUGUUCCACCAUUCAGCAGUUUGAGCUACAAACCUGAUCCAGCGCUCAUUCAUCAAUGCCUACCUGAUGAACUAAUGCUCGAGAUUUUCACAAGAAUGAGCCCAUAUACUUUAGGGAGGGCUGCAUGUGUCUGCCGCAAGUGGAAAUAUACUGCACGUAAUCCUACUUUGUGGCGUGCUGCAUGCUUGAAAACUUGGCAGAGGAGUGGAAUGGAGGCAAACUACAUGAUGGUUCGGUCGUUGUAUGAUUCAUCUUGGAGGAGAAUGUGGCUGCAGAGACCAAGAAUCCGAAUUGAUGGUCUCUAUGUGAGCAGGAACACAUAUAUUCAUACUGGAGUUACAGAAUGGCAAUUCAAGAAAACUGUCAAUGUGGUUUGCUACUACCGUUACUUGAGAUUUUUCCCUAGUGGGAAGUUUCUUUAUAAGAUCUCCCCAGAUAAAGUUAAAGAUGCUGUUAAGUGCAUGCAUUUCCGGGCAUCAAAGGCUGAUUGUGUAUUUAAAGGCGACUACAUACUGUCAGAGGAUGGCCAGAUAGAAAUGGCUCUCCUGUAUCCAGGGCAUCGGUACACACUUGUCAGGAUGUGCCUUAGGCUUAGAGGCACCACAGUUGGUGCAAAUAACAGGUUGGAUGUACUGAAGAUUCUAACCACCGGAGUGAAUGCAACUGAACUGCAAAACUGGAAAGGCAGCAUACUAGAGCUUGUUGAGGGCUGGGAGGAGGACGAGACGCAUGACCCAGAUGUGCCUGCCGUUUCCCACAGCAGGGGUUUGUCACCCUUUGUGUUUGUUCCGUUUGAGGAGGCUGAUACUUCGGUGCUAAACCUCCCAGUGGAGAAGAUGGACUACUACGUCCCUGGAUGA